AUGCCUGCUCGUUACGUUAAAGUCCCUUCUGCUCUCACAGGUGAGAGCAACUUGAAAUCAGAUGCUAAAGGAAAAGUGGUUGUUGGUGAGUCCACAAUUGCAAAAUUGUCUAAAGAGUCUCUCCCAUAUUUGCCAACCUGGGACAAAAAUGAAAAGUACGAACCAUAUACUUUCCAAGAACAUCACGAUAAUGCCUUGAAAGCAGACAAAAGUUUUCCAGACUUGUUUAAGGGCGAUGACUAUGUCACUACCAAUCUUUCACCAAAGUUGGGUACUGAAAUUCGCGGUAUACAGUUGUCUGAGCUAAACGAUGCUGGUAGAGAUCAAGUUGCAUUGCUUGCUUCCCAAAGGGGUGUUUUGGUUUUCAGAGACCAAGACUUGAUUGAUAAAGGGCCCGAAAACUUGGUCGAGUAUGUUAGUCACUAUGGUACACCACAUAUUCAUCCCACGUCUGGUGCACCAAAGGGACAUCCUGAUAUUCAUUCAGUGUUGACUGGUGAUACUAAGGAAGACGCAUUUUCCACAAGAAACAACCUUGUUGUUUGGCACUCUGAUGUUAGUUACGAAUUAAACCCCACUGCUGUUUCAUUUUUGGCCGUAACAAACAUUCCUAAAGCUGGUGGAGGUGACACUGUUUUUGCAGACAACAGAGAGGCUUACAACCGUUUGUCGCCAUUGUUCAAGGAAAAGAUUGAUAACCUCAAAGCAGUUCACAGUGCUGUUGACCAGGCCAACUUGGCAGUUGUCAAAGGUGGUGUUGUUAAGAGACACCCAGUUGAAAACAUUCACCCCGUUGUUAGAACCACCCCAAGCGGUCAAAAAGUUUUGUACGUCAAUAGUGGUUUCACUAGAAGAAUUGUCGAUUUGAAAGGUGAGGAGUCUGACUUUUUGCUUAAAUUUUUACUUCAACACAUUGCAAGCAGUCAAGACUUUCAAGUUCGUGUCAAUUGGCAACCAGGCACUGUUGCCAUCUUUGACAAUAGAAUUGUUUCACACUCGGCUAUCCUCGACUUUGACACUAGUGACGGUAGAUUGAUUAUUCGUGCUGCUGCAAGAGGCGAGCGCCCAGUCCACGACUUGGAAGACUUGAACAAACCAGAUGAAAAUCUCGUUUAUGAAGGACCUGAAUACAUAGGUAACCACAGAGAAGUAUAA